AAGCUGUUUGUCCCCGUGAGGAGGAAGUCUGUCAGCGGAGAGCUUGUGCUCAUCACGGGUGCUGGCCAUGGCGUCGGCAGAGCGACCGCCCUCGAGUUCGCCAAGCGCCAGAGCAGGCUGGUCCUCUGGGACAUCAGCAAGCACGGCGUUGAGGAGACGGCAGCAGAAUGCAAGGGUCUGGGGGCCACUGUUGAAACCUUUGUGGUGGACUGCAGCAAACGGGAGGAGAUCUACAGCACUGCAGAGAAGGUGAAAAAGGAAAUUGGGGAUGUGACCAUCCUGGUGAACAAUGCUGGUGUGAUCACAGCUGCAGACCUGCUCUCAACUCAGGACCACCAGAUAGAAAGAAUGUUUGAAGUCAACAUCCUGGCUCACAUGUGGACGACAAGAGCUUUUCUGCCAGCCAUGAUGAACAACAACUAUGGGCAC